UCCCAGUCUCGACUGUCUCUUUAAGACAGCGAUAGCUGUGUGUCUGAUUAAUUCAAUGUAACUAGAGAUGCAUUGGAGAAACCCACUUUCCGCUAUUACGGUGGAUGUACCAGCUACAGAGAGAGUGAAUAAACUGGACAUUUCUUUCCCAAUUGGUCAUUAUAAUCGGAUAAUCCAAUUGUCCGUUAACAUGUAAUAAAGUUAUCCAGUAAUACCUUUAUUAUAGGCCACGGAUGUGGAGAUAAAAAAAUAUUAGCUGGAAAUUGAAGUCUCAAUCGUUUCAUAUUUCCCUAAGAGGAUUUACCAGAAGUCGUAUUGCAGAAAUAAGAAUAUUUACAUUAAAUUGUUUGGAGCGGAGUUUUAUUCUGACUGCACGAAAUGUCGGAAAAACACGGUCUGGAGGACACCAAUCGCCAGGCCAUGUCUCAACCCAUGCAGCAAAUGCAGCCCCCUCCGUACCUCCCCUCCCAGGAACUUAACAUGGGCCAACAACACUCCAACAUGCAACACUCCAACAUGCAGCACCCCAGCAUGGCCCCUCAGGCCGGCUGUGGCCCCCAGCCCAACUACCCCCCUCCACCCCCGCCCCCUGGCUCCGAUGGCUACCAGGAGACCCAGUUCCACAAUGGCUCCUACGGACACCCAGGGGCCCCACAGGGCUACACAGUCCAGACACAGGGCCCAGGAGGGGGGGUCCCACAUGCCCCCGUGGGGUACUUUCAACCAGGAUACCCUCUCCAGUUGCAGCCCUGCACAGCCUACGUUCCUGUCUACCCCGUGGCGUCGGGGCAGCCCUACCAGGGGAUGCCCCAGGGCCAGAUGGGCAUGCAGAUGCCCCAUGGCAUCGCCCUGAUGGAGCCACGGCGCCCGCCUCACGACUACCUGCCAAUCGCUGUGCUCACCACCGUUUGCUGCUUCUGGCCAACAGGAAUCAUAGCCAUCAUCAAGGCAGUACAGGUGCGUACGGCGGUGGCCAGGGGGGACAUGGUGAUGGCUGAGAUAGCGUCCCGCGAGGCGCGUAACUUCUCCUUCAUCAGCCUGGCGGUGGGCAUUGCCUCCAUCGUUCUGUGUACCAUCCUCACCGUGGUAGUCAUCAUUGCCUCCCAACACCAUGACGACGACUGGGAACCCUAAUACACAACGCAGUGUGGCAUCAUGGGAUAUGUAGUUUUCGGUGGAGAUAAGGGCACUGAAUAAGGGCACUGAAAUGCACACUCUGAUACUGGUAUGUUAUAUUGGAGGUAUAUAUGUGUAUAUAUGCACCCUGUGUACUGUAUAUACAGUUCUGACCUACAGACUACUAACAGGCUGAGAAACAAUCACAGCUAAUAUUCAAAUGUCAAAACAAAUAGGUGCCCAUUAUGGGCCAGUAUUACUUACCACUGUAACCAUUUAUAUUCAGAUAAAGUAGUACUCCAUAGCCCUUAUGGGGGAAAACAGAGUACAUACACAGAGCAAUUGAAUGGCAAUUCCACCACUUUUCAACCUAAUUUUCAUGAUCUCCUGCACAAUACUAGUGUCAUAUAUGUGAAAACAUCGCCUGACGCCAUCAAAAGUUAAAACCUCAGUGACGCGAGGAGUAAGAAAAUAUUCUCCAUCUGGCUAGAAACUCAUUGCAGUUAACUUUUAAUCCUAGCUUGUGAUGUCACAGAAAAGCAUUUUUUUAGGACUAUUCUUCUUUUUUUUUAACCACAGAUCAUGGAAACGCAGUAUUUUCACGUAUAUAGACACUGGUAUGAUGCUGGAGAUCAUGAAAAUGAGGUUGAAAAGUAGUGGAAUUGCCCUUUAACUGUGAAUUAUUUAUGAAUUACUGAUUAAUUUAUGGUCCCCUCGAACCUAGGUAGACCAAACCAUGGGUCACACUGUAUCACAAAACUGUCAAAUAGAUCACAAAUCAUAACUGAAAUUACUUCCCUAUAUAAUUAGUAUUUUAUGAAGAGAUUGUUUUGAAUUACUUCAAAAAGAAAUACUUUUCUUGAAUUGUGUUUGUAGUCAUGUAUAGUUUUUGAUUUAUUAGGAUUUUCAAAAAUCUGCGCCAUCUAGUGAUAGUAUAUUUUAUAUUUAUUUAAAGGAUAGAAUAAAUUACAGUAUAACAGACUGCCAAACAUUGCCAUUUAUUUUACACACAAUCAAAUGGAAAGUAAAUCAAGUCAUGAUAUAGUUGACUAAUUAUGAGAUCAAACUAUGAAAAAGAUGAAAAAAUAUUGAGAUUUUUCUUUUGAGAUGAAUGACAUCUCUAUUUAAAGUUGUGUCGAUGGAGAGAUACACCAUAGGAUGUACUGUGUCAGUGUCCCGCCUUUUUUUGUGUGGCUGAUAUGGACUUGGUUGUUGACAAAUUGUUUGUUGCAUAAGACUGUUUAAUACUUGUUCACUUUAUUUAUGUAUGUAUUCAUAUUUUGUUGCAUAAGACUGUUUAAUACUUGUUCACUUUAUUUAUGUAUGUAUUUAUUUAUAUUAUAAUUUAUUCAUUUGUUUAUUUAUAUAAUAUAUUUUUUCAUAGCUUUUUAAAAUGUCACCCUUUUUUUAUAAAACCUUUAUUUUACCUUUAUUUAACUAGGCAAGUCAGUUAAGAACAAAUUCUUAUUUUCAAUGACUGCCUAGGAACAGUGGGUUAACUGCCUUGUUCAGGGGCCUUGUCAGCUCGGGGAUUCAAUCUUGCAACCUUUCGGUUACUAAUCAAACGCUGUAACCACUAGGCUACCUGCCGACCAUUAUGUUUUAGUUGAUAUCAAUAUUUUAUUGUACCCAUAUUAGCCUACAAACCUUGAAACUAGAUGAAAUUGGAUGAUGUUUGGGAUGAUUUGCACUUCCAGUAGGCUUAGAAUUGCUUUCUACUAGGUUUUUAUACACUUCAAUGGGAAAGGGUAGAAUUGUAGAAAUAGACACAUUUAAAACAACAAUUACUUGCCUGAUUGAAGUGGUUGACCCAUUUUCUAAUGUCACAGACAUAAAGUAAAGUAUUGCAGUACUAAGACAAAAAGCAACACAUUAAUGGAAAGUGCUUGGACGGACGCAAUAUUAAAAAGGGUAUGUAAUUAUACAUAGGGCUAGUGAGGUGUACAUUUGAGAAAUUGCUGCUUUUGCAAAUAAUGUUUAGCAAAUAUUAAAUAGGGUCAUAAUUGGCAAUACAAGAGUAUUAUCUUAGUUAAUAGUUUCUCAGAGUAAAAAGGUUGUAGGCAAAGGACUUCUAGGAUACAGACAAAAACUCUUUUGUGCAUGCCAUUGUGAACCAUUAUUAAAAUUCUCUCAGCUAACCUUUUCCCUAAUUGCCUUAGCUGAUAAUAUGGGUUGCGUCAAACACAUUAGGUCUCUAAUCUAGCCUAUCACGUUACGAGGUGUGUUGCUCCAUGUUAUAGAGAGCCAAGAGGGCUAUUGUGGAAGAGUAUGAGCUGAAAUGACCUGUGCCAGAAUCAGUGCAGCAGAAAUACUGAUGGUGGCUCUGAAAACGAAUGUCUCUGAGGAGAGAGAAAAUAAAUCAAUGCUUAAUAUACAUUGUGGCAUUUUCCUCUCCUCGACUUGUUUCUAUUACCCCAAGCAGCCCCUCUCUCUCUGUUUCUCUUUCUGCUGUCCAUUGCAAAAUUGGGACUGUAAUUCUCAACAUAUCUCUAAUCUGCUUGUCCUUUAUCUUCCGUUUUCAAUUCCUAUGAUAAUGCUAUUUUUUAAAGAAAAUGAAGUUAGUCAGAAGUGUUGAGAAUGUAUCGUUUCUCGUGAAGGACCAUGAUUACUGAUUGGAAUAUUGUAUUAGGGUGUUUGAAGUUUCAUUCUGAAAGUAUUAUUACUAUGGCUAUUAUGAUUCUGUUUACGUGGUAAUCACCUUUGCAUUUGAUUAUCACUGCUGUGUUUAUAAUGUACAUUGUAUUUGGAGAAUACUGUAUGUUCUUAAUCUGAUAACAUGGCAUUCUAGAAAUAUGCUAAGAGAUGCAAAGUAAGCACAGUAUUGUGACUCAGUGGUGCUGUUACUCACCUCUAUACAAGAGGUGUUGGUAUAGAACGUGUGUAUGCUUUUUAGACUCACUCCUAGCAUAUCUAGCUGUUUUUAGAUCUACACUGUGCUCUUCCCACAUACUUGUUUUCUCAGGCAUUUCUAUGCCAUUGUCGAUGACAGGCUGGGCAAAUGCUACUGCUUCUUUGCCGUGUUGAUACCUUUUCUCUGAGCAUGUAAAUGUAAUGGAUUGGCGCGUUCAAAGUGGCUGGCGAAUCACAGUGUACACCAACUUCUCCCGGGGGUUUAUUUCUGUUCAUGGGUGUUACACAUGCAUUUGUGUAUGAAUUCAAUUGUUUGAAUAAAAUACGAUUUUCUGGGUUGAGCAAGACCGAGCAACA